GUUCUUUUUGCAGCCCUGCAUCACAACAGCUGUCAAAUAGCCUACAACAACAACAGCUGAACUGACAGCAGCGCCGCAGCAGCAACAAUCGAGGAGAAACAUUUUACGAUGGGCAACGCUCUCAAUCAUUAUUUGAAGCCAGAUGUAACGCCCGGCCCAGAUGUGGUGCCCAGCUUCGAUCCCAUGCUGGGCUUUGCUUCACGCAAGGAGCGCGUCAUGAUAGCCACCGAAGAGGAAAUGGUAUCGGCCAAGCUGACACCAAAAGAGCGUGAUUAUUGUGCCCACAAGCUGCUCGCCUAUCGCGGCUGCCGCGCUGAAAAAUUCCCUUUCGUUUAUCAGUGUGCGCACGAGAAGCACGACUAUCUCACCUGCGAAUACGAGGACUAUGUGCUACGAAUGAAGGAGUUUGAACGUGAACGCCGGUUGCUGGAGCGCCAGAAGCGCCUCGACAAGCAGGGCUAAGCUUAAGCAUUCAGUUCAGAGUUAAAAGCGACAAGCGGAGCAGGUGCAAGUGCAGCACAGCAGAUCGGAGCAACCCAACAGAAACCUUCACACGUUUAGCAACUCCACACACUGCCCGUCGCGAGCGAAGGAAAUUUCAAUAAAUAUUAUGCCUAGUAAUAAUA